AUAAACGUCAGUGUCAGUUACAGUUGGCAUGUGUCGAUGUAAAAGAAAAAUCGAACAAAUAACAAACUUUGAUCAACCAUAAUUUUAAUUUUUCUUUUCAUAUAUUUGAGUAAUAUUUUAUCGGGUAAAAUUUUUCGAAUAAGGCAAUGAAAUGAGUGUUAGAAGAUCUUAUCGGAGAUACCAACCAUUCAUAUCCCCUAAAUCAAUAGAGGAUUUUGUUAGAGAUCGUGAAUUGGGGCUGAAAAAAACUCCACUUUUGGACGAUUACUUUUUUUUCAAAUUUUAUUCUAGUUUUGAUCAAUUCAACGUACAACCCAAACCAACGACGACGAGAAAAUAUGGUGGAGUAUUUAAUUUAGAAUUUAGUCAAGAUGGACGGUUGUUGGUAGCUGCUUGUGAGGAAAAGAGUGUUUUACUAUAUGAUGCUGCCACUCAAAAAUGUUUCAAGACGAUAACUGAAGCACACUCUAAUUGUGUAAAUUGUGUUAGAUUUUUAGAUGCACACACAUUUGCCACUUGUUCUGAUGACAAAACAAUUAAAUUAUGGGACCUGAGAAAUUUGAGGAAGGAAACACGGUCUUUAUAUGGACAUUCAAAUUGGGUCAAAAACAUCGAAUAUUCCAAAUCUGAAAACUUAUUGGUUACAUCUGCCUUCGAUGGUAGUAUCUAUACUUGGGAUAUCAAAGGAGAUAGUGAAUAUAAUACACCUUACAAUACUGCUUUUCUUAUGAACGGCAUCAUGAGGACAAAGCUGACACCAGAUGGUGACAAAAUGGUCAUUUCUACAACUAGUGGAUAUAUGAUAAUCAUACAUGAUCUUCACUUAGCUACACUAGCCAAUGACCUUGGCAGUUUCAAACCAGACAUUUAUAGGCUCAUGCAACUCACAGAACAAAACUUCCCAGCAGGCAACAUUUUCAAUUUCUUGUUUCAUCCUAGUAGAAGAAGAAAUAGAAUCGAAUUCAUUGAUGAUUUUCCAAAUAAAUCGGAAGUUAUCAGUUCUCUACAAAUUCAUCCGCAUGGUUGGAGUGCCCUGUCUAGAAAUAUCAAUGGAGAUGAAAAUCAGGAUUGGACCUGUGUGCACGAUAUUCAAUCUCGAGAACCGGCAGAAUAUAUGGAUUACCUAACUGUUAACGAAAGCAACGAAUUGGUUGAUGACGAUGAAGGCUUCAGUAGUAACAAUAAACCAACCGAUUUAUGGGUUGGUUUAGUUACUAACGACUUAUUGAGCAACGAGAGGAAUCCUUUUCCCCCGACUAGUGUGGAACUACCUCCCUUUAGAUCGAUGAAUAGUGGCUUACUUGGACGGAACGCUUAUAAAACAUUCUUGAGGCAGUAUCCGAAUUAUCAGAACAAAUUAGUGAGGAACCUACCCCGCUUGACACAUUAUAAAAGAGAAGAGAGUGUAGGGAAAGGUUUUAUAAAAGAAGUUUGUUUCUCGCAGGAUGGACGGGUAAUUUGUUCACCGUAUAAAAGAGGCAUAAGAAUUCUAGGUUUCAGUGAAAAAGCCGAAGAAUUACCGUAUUGUUUAUCGAAAGAAGCUCAGAAACUGCACACACUUGUUACAAGUACUGAUUAUCAUAAAGAUGUGGUUGUUUGUUGCAAGUUCAAUCCUGUUCAUAUGAGGUUGGUCAGUGGAUGUUUGGGGGGUGAUAUUGUUUGGUACGAUCCGUGUAUAUGAUAAUUUUAUUGCAAUUGUAUAAAGUAUUAUCAAAUUAUUUCUGUUAAGAAAAAUGUAAAUAAUUACAAUUAUAUUAAAAAAUUAUUGUAAUAAGAA